AUGUGGCAGAUAACGCUACGACUUGGUCAAAACAUCAUCAUGUUGUUGAAAUCCUUGGUUGUGCUAGCUGCCGCUGUGACUCGGGUCGCUUGUCACGGGGGAGUCCUCAGUUAUACCAUCAGAGGGACUACUUACCCGGGCUUCUUGGCCUACAACCCGCCGACUGGUCAAAAGUCAAUCCAGCGCGAAUGGGACACCUACAAUCCUAUCACCGACCCUCUAGACCCAAACAUCGCUUGCAACGUCGACGGUUCGUCCUUAGGAUCGGGCCAGCUUUCGGCGACAGUACCAGCGGGCUCACAGAUCAAGGCGACCUGGAACCAAUGGCCGCAUACCGUUGGUCCUGUAAUGGUUUACAUGGCAAAAUGCCCCGGUAGUUGUACAUCAGCAAUCGCGUCUUCGCUCUCCUGGUUCAAGAUUGAAGAGGCGGGUCUUCUGUCAGGAACGCUAUCCACUGGAUCGUGGGCCCAGGGCGAACUUGUGAACAACGGGAAUACUUGGACCACGACCAUUCCUGCGUCCUUGGCUCCUGGGGAGUACAUGAUACGACACGAACUGCUAGCCAUCCAUACGUCGAACCAACCUCAAUUCUACCCCGAGUGCGCGCAACUCGUUCUUACUGGUAGCGGCAGCGCCCAGCCAUCCGGCAGCUACCUCGUCAAAUUCCCUGGUGCUUACCAAAAGUCUGACCCUGGUGUCACCAUAGAUGUUUACGCUCAAGCGAGCACAACUAACUAUACGAUCCCGGGCCCAGCUGUGUGGAGAGGAUGA